CAACUUUAUAUUUGAAUGAUCUCGAGACUUGAGUCUAACUUGAAAGUGUUUCAACAACUAUUUUCAAGCAGUGUUAAAAUGAGUGAUCCUACUAAUCCGAACAUCAACAAUCGCACGACGCCACAAUGGGCGCUCAUGCAGCGAGAGCUGUUUUGGGGAACGAAUGAAGGCAAACACCCGCCUUUCAAUACACAUCCUGAUAAGCUGAAGGACCUUGCUGAGGAGCGUCUCUCGAAAGGUGGUUGGCUCUAUUCGUCGUGUAAUGCUGGCCAGUCCUGGACACAUUAUGCCAAUCGCCUGGCUUUCUACCGCCACCAAGUGGUUCCAAGGACGCUGGUGGACACCAGUCGCCGGGACACUGCAACCACCAUUUUCGGACACAAUGUUUCAGCACCAAUUGGCUUCGCUCCGAUCGGAAUCAACAAGAUCUACCAUCCAACGGGCGAACUUUCACCAGCCAAAGUGGCUGCAGAGCUCAACCUGCCAUACUGUCUUUCGUCGGCCGGAAGUUAUAGUAUCGAGGAUGUCGCCAAGGCCAACGGCGACGGACCGCGGUUUUACCAGCUAUACUGGAGCCCCGAUGACGACGUGACGCUAUCUAUGUUGCAGCGCGCUACGGAUCAGGGCUAUACGGCGUUGAUCCUGACCACGGACACAUGGCAGCUAGCGUGGCGACACGAUGACAUCGCCAUGGGCAAUUAUGCCUUUUACCACGAGCACGGCGCGGGCGACUUGGGACUACAGGACCCGGCAUUCAUUGAAACCCUAAAGAAGAAAGGAUUGGACAAUGAGGAGCAACCUAAGGAAGUCGGAGCUGAGUGGAUUGAUAAGCAUAUUUGGCACGGUCACUCCUUCUCGUGGGAUCGGAUUCCGUGGUUGAUAGAGCAAUGGAAGCGCAUCUCAGGGGGGAAACCGUUCUGCAUAAAGGGCAUCCAGAAUGUCAAGGAUGCUAAAAAGGCGGUCGAGGUAGGCGUCGACGGUAUUGUUGUGUCAAACCACGCAGGCAGACAGGUCGAUGGUGCCAUUGCAAGUCUGGAUGCAUUGGAGAAGAUUGCACAGGCAGUCGGAGAUAAGACAUACCUCAUGUUUGACUCGGGAGUCAGAGGUGCAGCAGAUGUCUUUAAGGCACUGGCUUUGGGAGCCAAGUUCGUCUUCAUUGGCAGACUCUGGGUCUGGGCGUUGGGUGCCGCCGGCGAGGAGGGCGUGCGCCAUGAAAUGAGAGCUCUGCUAGCGGAGUUUGACAUCAUGAUGAACGUGGCUGGGUACCCUAAAGUCGAAGACAUUGACCUUGAUUCUAUCGAGUCGCUUCCUAAAGGAACUUACUUCCCGGGAACCCCAGCUCUUACAUAGCUGCUGAAGCGCUCUAUUCAGGUGCAUGAUGAGGUUUACGCUACUGAGGGUGAGCAUUAGUUCCGAGAACGCUCAUGGUUUGCCUACCCAAACAAAACCCAGUGAUGCAUUGACACCGUUAGUUUAACAUACUAUGCAUGUAAGGGAUUUAAUAAGAAGAGUUUAUUGCAAGAAGCAGUCAUGUCCCGCUAAACGCCU